UGCUAAUGUAUUCAUAUUUUAAAAUAAUGUUUUUUACAUAUCUGUAUAUCUCUGUAUUUUAUGAAAAACUGAACUUGUUAAAAUUUGAUUAGAAAUGAAUGUAACUAGUAUGUAACGUAUGUAACUGAAUGUCACAUGUAUGGUGUGACAGUGCCUUUGGGAUUAUUCCCUGUGCAGACUGUUGUGUAAUCAUAAGGCCCUAUGAAAUCAAGAUCUCAUCAUGACACAUAAUGAUUGUGAAGUUGCUUGUAGGAAGGGAGCCAUCUGUUGCUCAUUUAAUUUUGUCUUUCUGUGGUUAUUUUUUGAAACAGCUUAUUUCUGAUGUUUCUAGUCACUUGAGGAUAUUUUUAAUUGUUUAUUUUUUGUGUUAUAGCCCAAGACCAGCAAAAUUUACAGAGCGGCCUCGACCUGGGGUACAAAUGAUCUGUUCCUCCUUUAGUGCUGGUGGAAUGUUUCUGGCCACAGGAAGCACAGAUCAUAUUAUUAGAGUUUAUUUUUUUGGAUCAGGUCAGCCAGAAAAAAUAUCAGAAUUGGAGUUUCAUACUGAUAAAGUUGACAGUAUCCAGUUUUCCAACACUAGUAACAGGUUUGUAAGUGGUAGUCGAGAUGGGACAGCACGCAUUUGGCAAUUUAAACGAAGAGAGUGGAAGAGCAUUUUGUUGGAUAUGGCUACUCGUCCAGCAGGACAAAAUCUUCAAGGAGUAGAAGAUAAAAUCACGAAAAUGAAAGUAACCAUGGUAGCUUGGGAUCGACAUGACAAUACAGUUAUAACUGCAGUAAAUAACAUGACUCUGAAAGUUUGGAAUUCUUACACUGGUCAACUUAUUCAUGUCCUGAUGGGUCAUGAAGAUGAAGUAUUUGUUCUUGAGCCACACCCAUUUGAUCCUAGAGUUCUCUUCUCUGCCGGUCAUGAUGGAAAUGUGAUAGUGUGGGAUCUAGCAAGAGGAGUCAAAAUUCGAUCUUAUUUCAAUAUGAUUGAAGGCCAAGGACAUGGUGCAGUAUUUGACUGCAAAUGCUCUCCUGAUGGCCAGCAUUUUGCAUGCACAGACUCUCAUGGACAUCUUUUAAUUUUUGGCUUUGGGUCCAGUAGUAAAUAUGACAAGAUAGCAGAUCAGAUGUUCUUUCAUAGUGAUUAUCGGCCCCUUAUCCGUGAUGCCAACAAUUUUGUAUUAGAUGAACAGACCCAGCAGGCACCUCAUCUCAUGCCUCCCCCUUUUUUGGUUGAUGUUGAUGGUAACCCUCAUCCAUCCAGAUACCAGAGAUUAGUUCCUGGGCGUGAAAACUGCAGGGAAGAGCAGCUCAUCCCUCAGAUGGGAGUGACUUCCUCAGGUUUGAACCAAGUUUUAAGUCAGCAAGCAAACCAAGAGAUUAGUCCACUGGACAGCAUGAUUCAGAGACUACAGCAAGAGCAAGACCUGAGACGUUCUGGUGAAGCAGGAGUUGGUAAUACCAGUCGUUUAAGUAGAGGCUCCAUGAGUUCUACCUCAGAGGUUCAUUCUCUACCAAAUGUAGGAUUAAGGCGUAGUGGACAAAUUGAAGGUGUACGGCAAAUGCAUAGCAAUGCACCAAGAAGUGAAAUCGCCACAGAGCGUGAUCUUGUAGCUUGGAGUCGAAGGGUGGUAGUACCUGAAUUAUCAGCCGGUGUGGCCAGUAGGCAAGAAGAAUGGAGAACUGCUAAAGGAGAAGAAGAAAUAAAGACUUACAGAUCAGAAGAGAAAAGGAAACAUUUAACAGUUGCAAAAGAAAAUAAAAUAUCUAGUGUCUCAAAGAAUCAUGCUCAUGAGCAUUUACUGGAUCUUGGGGAAUCCAAAAAGCAGCAAGCAAAUCAACACAGCUAUCGUACGAGAUCUGCCCUGGAAGAGACUCCUAGACCCUUGGAGGAGAUAGAAAAUGGCACUAGUUCUUCAGAUGAAGGCGAAGUAGUUGCUGUCAGUGGUGGGACGUCUGAAGAGGAAGAGAGAGCGUGGCAUAGCGAUGGCAGUUCCAGUGACUACUCCAGUGAUUACUCUGACUGGACAGCAGAUGCAGGAAUUAAUUUGCAGCCACCAAAGAAAGUUCCUAAGCAUAAAACCAAGAAAGCAGAAAGCAGUUCAGAUGAAGAAGAAGAAUCUGAAAAACAGAAGCAAAAACAUAAUAAAAAGGAAAGGAAAAAAGUUAAUGAAGAAAAGGAUGGACCAACAUCACCAAAGAAAAAGAAGCCCAAAGAAAGGAAACAAAAGAGAUUGGCUGUGGGAGAACUCACUGGAAAUGGUCUAACAUUAGAAGAAUGGCUGCCUUCAACGUGGAUCACAGACACUCUUCCUCGAAGAUGCCCAUUCGUGCCCCAGAUGGGGGAUGAGGUUUAUUAUUUCCGACAAGGACAUGAAGCAUAUGUUGAAAUGGCCCGGAAAAAUAAAAUUUAUAGUAUUAAUCCUAAAAAACAACCAUGGCAUAAAAUGGAAUUACGGGAGCAAGAACUGAUGAAAAUAGUUGGCAUAAAAUAUGAAGUGGGAUUACCUACCCUUUGCUGCCUUAAACUUGCUUUUUUAGAUCCUGAUACUGGUAAACUGACUGGUGGAUCAUUUACUAUGAAGUACCACGAUAUGCCUGAUGUUAUAGAUUUCCUGGUCCUGAGACAACAAUUUGAUGAUGCAAAAUAUAGGCGGUGGAAUAUAGGUGACCGUUUCAGAUCAGUCAUAGAUGAUGCUUGGUGGUUUGGAACCAUUGAAAGUCAGGAACCUCUUCAGCCCGAAUACCCUGAUAGUUUGUUUCAGUGCUAUAAUGUCUGCUGGGACAAUGGAGAUACAGAAAAGAUGAGCCCAUGGGAUAUGGAGCUUAUACCUAAUAAUGCUGUAUUUCCUGAAGAACUAGGUACCAGUGUUCCUUUGACUGAUGUUGAAUGCAGAUCAUUAAUCUAUAAACCACUUGAUGGAGAAUGGGGUACUAAUCUCAGAGACGAAGAAUGUGAAAGAAUUGUUGCAGGAAUAAACCAGUUGAUGACACUAGAUAUUGCUUCAGCAUUUGUAGCCCCUGUGGAUCUGCAAGCUUAUCCUAUGUACUGCACUGUAGUGGCAUAUCCAACGGAUCUGAGUACAAUUAAACAAAGACUGGAAAAUCGAUUUUACAGGCGGGUUUCUUCCCUAAUGUGGGAAAUUCGAUAUAUAGAGCAUAAUACACGAACAUUUAAUGAGCCGGGAAGCCCAAUUGUGAAAUCUGCUAAAUUUGUGACUGAUCUUCUUCUACAUUUCAUAAAAGAUCAGAUGUGUUACAACAUAAUUCCACUUUACAAUUCAAUGAAGAAGAAAGUAUUGUCUGACUCUGAGGAAGAAGAGAAGGAUGCUGAUGUGCCAGGAACUUCUACCCGAAAAAGGAAGGAUCAUCAACCUAGAAGGAGAUUACGUAACAGAGCUCAGUCUUAUGAUAUUCAAGCAUGGAAGAAACAAUGUCAAGAAUUGUUAAAUCUCAUAUUUCAGUGUGAAGAUUCAGAGCCUUUCCGCCAGCCCGUAGAUCUCCUUGAAUAUCCAGACUACAGAGACAUUAUUGACACACCAAUGGAUUUUGCUACAGUUAGAGAAACUCUAGAGGCGGGAAAUUAUGAGUCACCGAUGGAGUUAUGUAAAGAUGUCAGGCUUAUUUUUAGUAAUUCCAAAGCAUAUACACCAAGCAAAAGAUCAAGGAUUUACAGCAUGAGUUUGCGCCUAUCUGCUUUCUUUGAAGAACACAUUAGUUCAGUUUUAUCAGAUUAUAAGUCUGCUCUUCGUUUUCAUAAAAGAAAUACCUUAACCAAAAGGAGGAAGAAAAGAAACAGAAGCAGUUCUAUGUCCAGUAGUGCUGCAUCCAGCCCCGAGAGGAAAAAAAGAAUCUUAAAACCGCAGCUAAAGUCAGAAAUCUCUACCUCUCCACUCUCCACUCCUACACGAUCAAUACCACCAAGACAUAAUGCUGCUCAGAUAAAUGGUAAAACAGAAUCCACUUCUGUGGUUCGAACGAGAAGCAACCGAGUGGUUGUAGAUCCAGUUGUCAUUACUGAGCAACCAUCUACUUCAUCAGCUGCAGCCAAGAGUUUUAUUUCAAAAGCUAAUACAUCUACAACACCAGGGAAAACAAUACUAGAGAAUUCUGUGAAACAUUCCAAAGCCUUGAAUACUCUUUCAAGUCCUGGUCAAGCCACUUUUAGUCAUGGCAAUAAGAACAAUUCUGCAAAAGAAAACGUGGAAAAGGAAAAGCCAGUUAAACGUAAAAUGAAGUCGUCUGUACUCUCAAAGGCAUCCACUCUUUCAAAGUCAUCAGCUGUCAUUGAGCAGGGUGAGAUGCUAACUGGAGAUUAUAAGAACAAUGCUCUUGUACCUGGAACCAUUCAAGUAAAUGGCCAUGGAGGACAGCCAUCAAAACUUGUGAAGAGGGGUCCUGGAAGAAAACCCAAGGGAGAUGUGAAUACCACUAGUGGUGAAGUGAUACACAAGAAAAGGGGACGAAAGCCCAAAAAACCACAGUAUGCAAAAUCAGAAAAUACAGAGCAGAAUAAUUUGCAUUCCAACCGAGAUGAAGUGAUUCCUUCUUCAACAGGCAAUUUUCUGCCUGAAACUAAUAUUGUUAAGGAGGAUUUGCUACAGAAAAAGAGUCGGGGAGGCAGAAAACCCAAAAGGAAGAUAAAAACACAAAAACUAGAUUCAGAUCUCCUAGUUCCUGCCAAUGUUAAAGUACUAAGGAGAAGUAACCGAAAAAAGACAGAUGAUCCUAUUAUAGAUGAAGAAGAAGAGUUUGAAGCACUCAAAGCCUCUGAACCUCACAUGAGAACUCGAAACCAAGGUCGAAGGACAGCUUUCUAUAACGAGGAUGACUCUGAAGAGGAGCAAAGGCAGUUGUUGUUUGAAGACACCUCUUUGACUUUUGGAACUUCUAGUAGAGGGCGAGUCCGAAAGUUGACUGAAAAAGCAAAAGCUAAUUUAAUUGGUUGGUAACCUGAACCAAAAUAUUUUACUUCAAAAUCUAUAAAGCAGGUACAGUUAAGGAGUAAGUAGAUCUAAGUCUUCUGCUUCCUUGCUGCUAUGGUGGAUUAGGGAACGUUAUGAUUUGACUUACAAAAAAAAAAAAAAGAAAAAUCUUAGAAGACACUUCACUUCUUUAAAUGAAUAUAUAUAAAUAUAUACAUAUAUAUUUUAAAUGUUUGCUAUUUAUUGCCCUUAGAUAGGUUAUGCAUUUCCACAUUCAUUUCAUUCAGUGUUUGAAACAAGAUAGUGAGGACCUAUUGAAUUCCUGAUUUAUUUAUGGAAGAGACAUUUCUGCUACACUCUUAAGGACAUAGUAUUCCUAGUGAUAGAGCAUUUCAUGUUAAAAAUUAUUUUUGACCAAGCAAGGUACAUUUUUAUUGAUACAGAAGUCAUGCCCCUAGGAAGACAUGUUACACAGAGUAGCAGUAAAUUAAGAAAUGUGUUUCCUCUAAAGGUAAAUAGAAAGUUCUCACCAUUUAAUAUCCUAAAAACUUUUAGUUGUAGAAUGCUCACCUACAAAGUUAUCUCAAAGAGGCUUUUUGCUUUAUUCCACUUCUGCCAAACUUAAGAGAAAAUAUACUGAUGAAAAGGAAACAUAUCCACAUUGGAAAACAUUUGACUGUCUAAUUUUUCAGACCUUGAUUCUUAUAUCAAUCACUCAAUCUCUGUUUAUUGUGCCAAAGACUGAAAAUCAGUGCAGUGGAGAGCCUGUUUUUGACUGUCAGGACAGCAUACACUUUUCAAUAUUAGAAAGGCUAUUUAUUCUAAAGAGCAAAUUAUUAAAGAGUUAUGCUGAGAUAUAUCUUUUCUUUGGGUACUGAGUAGAAAAUAAUGCACUGGUGGGUCCUUUGACAGAGAUGUCUUAGAGAAAAUGUUUUAAGUGGUUAAAGGAUUCAAGGAAAAUACAGGAAAAAAGGUAUGAGAUUUGAUGUUUACUUGUUGAUCUGGAUUAAUGUCAUUUCUAAACUUUAGACAUAUCUGAUAGGCUAAAACGGCUUACAAAGAAACGUGUCUGUGUGUGUAUGUGUAUAUAUUGAUAGAUAUAAUUAAAUAUAUAUACAAACACAUACUUAUAUACUGUUACCCAGGUAUAAAUUCUUUUUUCAGGAUUUUUUAGAUAGUGGUAGAUAAAAAUAAUUUUAAAAUGUCAUACUUUAUAGUUUUAAUUUUAAGGGAAAGAUUGGUUAUUUUCAAUUAUUAAAAGUUAAAAUAGGCCAAAUCACUUUUUAUGCAAUCAUGUUUUAUACGGUGGUCUCAUUGCACAUUGUGUUUUUCUGCACUUUUUACGGUAUCCUUAUCACGCUGGUAUGUCAAUAUACACCCUAAAGAAAACUCCAUUUAAUGAUUGUGCCUUGUAUUCUAUUAUUUUUUGCAUCAUUAGUAAAAUUUAAGUUGUCUAUUGUAAAUGAUAACUAUAUGACUUAGGAGAAUGUAUUGCUAUAUGUACUGCUAUGGAAAAGGAAAGCAGUUAUUUAUUUGUUUAUGGUACACUUAGUUAUUUUAUACUUUAAAACCCAACAUAAAUACCAUUUCUAUUGUUUAAAAAUUAUUGUCCAUUUUUUUAAAAGUUUAAAGAAUGUAGUAUUUUCUGAGGACUGGUAUGGUACAAAAAUGUAACCAAAAUUUUCAGAUACUACAUUUUUAAAAAACAAGAAUGGAGAAAAUAUGUAUCAGCAUGACUCUGAUGUAGAAAAAUAAAGUCUUUAAUUGAACCGUGACAAAAUAUAUUACAUAAUUAUUUCUUUACUCCUUUCAGAUAGGAUGUUAACUAUCAUUUAACUGUCUUGAAGAAGAAUGAAAAGUGAUGCAUUUGGGCUUUUUAGAUCGUUUGUAACUAAAUUUGUACAGAAAUCCUCCUGUGAAAUUAAGUAAACCAUUUUCCAGAUCGACUGGAUUGCUGUGAUUUUCCAGUUGAAAAAAUAAUUUGAAAUUUUUCAGGUUUUUUGUAUAUUUAUUUUUUUCUAACAAAUAUAUUUAACUAUAUAAUUAAAAUUCAGUAGUUAAACUUCAUAAUGCAGAAAUGGAUGGCUUGGUUGUAUAGAAAAAUGAGUUUCAGUUACACCAUUAUUGAAAAUAAUAGUGUGUAUGUUUGAAAUUUGAAACAAAGUAAAUAGUUGCUUUUAAGGCAAUCUAUUUGAAAUACGUAAUUUCCUGAUGUUAUCUGCAUUGUGCUAGAAAAAAAUUAAUAGACUAUAAAAUUCAUUUUUGUAAAAAAAAUGUAUAGUUUUUAAGGUGUGUACAGAAGGAAGAGCAUACAGUCUGAGUGCAGAACCUCUAGUGUGGUGUGUGUGGGUUCCAACUCUGGAGCACAGAAAUGAGUAUUUGCCAUCUUUCCUAUCUCAUGUAAAUGUUCUGAAGACACUAUAUAUUACCAUAUUUGGAAAUUUUCAGACACUGGUUUCUUAGUAAAGCAAAAUGACUUGGAUCAUAUUAUUUGUAACUGAAAAACUUAAAAAUGUAUUAGUAAUACCAGAUAUAUUUAGAUUUUAUAUUUUUAUAAUUUAGCUUCUAUAUGUUACAAAAGUUGAAUUAAGAAAUUUAAUUCACCAUAUUUUUGUUUUGUUUUACCAUUAUCUUUUUAAAAUAGUAACAUCAUGUAUGUAAGGGCAGAGAAAAUACUGGCACUUGUCUUAGAUGAGCAGUAAAAAACUCAAGUUUAUUCAGAGUUUCAGAAAUAUUUGUUACUUGCAUGGAAUGUAGAAAGAUUUUACAUAUUUCUUAAGUCCCCAACCCUAAUGUUCUCUCUAUCCCAACAUUCUCGAGCCCCAGGUGAAUCUUACAAGAUUUAAACUUUGUCACUGGGUAGUUUAAUUACAGUCUGAGAACCUUUGGCAGUAGAUAGCUUCUUAAAAUUUUAUCUUUUGCAGUCUGCUGUUACAGUGUUGAACUAUUUUCUGUGUAUAUUUAUGAUUUUAAGAUGUAUUGGCAUUGUUUCUAAUGCACAGAUUCUCUACAAAAGACUCUUUGGUGUCAUUAUUAAAACUGUCUUUCUCCUUACAUAUAAUUAGAAUAACCAGAGUGUUUGUGAGCUUAAUUAGAUCACAUCAGAUUACAUGGAAUUGACUGAAUAUAGUAUCUUUUGGAAAUUAACUACAUAAGAUACAGUGAACAGAGAAAAGACCCUCAUUCAGCCUCUAUAGCUGUCCCUUGUCUGGAAUAUAGUAGAUUAAUCAAAUAUCUUAAGUGUAUUGAGUUAACAUUUUGUGUGAUGUUAGUGGCAAUUACAUAUUAUAAAAUGAUUAAUGUUACAAAUCAGUCCCUCCAUUUAGCAGUGUUUAAUUCUGACAUUCCAUUUUAUACACACAUAGCUACCUGUAUAUUUCUCAAAUGUAAGCUGGAAGCAAUUUGGAUUUUCUGUUUUCUAUAUAAAGAAAACAUUAUGAAUGUUUUGGUUCGCCUGAAAUUUGUUUGAAUAGGUUGAAAGGACCAAGAUAUUUCAGUGAUUUAAAAGGGCUAUAAAUGUUCACCUUGUAUUGAGGAGGUAUGAUUUUAAGUCACAAUAGAAUUACUUUUAUUUUCUGAUGUGUUACCCUCUGACUUAUUUAGACAAUAUUUCUAACAAGUUGAGCAGUGGGUUAGUUAAAUGUAGGUGAGGAUUUAUCUUCCUGUUAAAAUUGGAAAAGUAUACAAUUUCUCACUUCCAUCCUUGCACUUCCCCUUAGUACCUCUAACUUCCAAGUGAUCUGAGCUAAAAUUAAUACACACUAAGAAACUAUUUUUGUUCAUUAUAAUUAGCAUUCCAAAUGAAGUCAUUUUGAACUAUGUGCAGCACCUAGGAAGAGGUUGCAAAAUCAGAAGUUGAGUCAGAAGACUCAAGUACUACUUAAGUGUGCUCCAGUGAUAGACCUUGUACACACUAGAGUAAAAGUGACUAGAAAAAUCUGAGCUAUAAAUAUAUAUUUUUAGUUUUGAUAGCUGUUUGGAAAUACUUUUCUAAUGCAGAUAAAAUUGAUCAGGAAAUUAACCUUAUAUGGCACAAACCAAAUACAUAAUAGUGUGUGGCUGAGUUUCUACAGUCAAGGAGCUAACAAAAUAGCUUGAAGAUGGUAUGUAGUAUACACACAUUGUCGUUACUUUCAAGAAUGUGUGUUGAUUUUUCACAGCAAUACACUAUAAAAUGAGAAAACAGUUACAUUUUUGGACCAUAUUCAAACUGUAAGAAGACAGGUCUUAUAAAGAGAUCUUUUAGAAAACUCUUAAAUCCUGUCACAGGAUAUUUAGACAUGUGUAGAAUGUAGCUCAAUUUUUAAGUAACUGACCUAGAGGGUUGAAGUUGAAACUGACACAUUUUCAAAUUAAAAUUGUUUAUUUUGUACAGAAGGUAAUGUUAAACACAAGCGAUUCUGUUGUAUAUGAUAACACAAAAGUUAAAAGCAAAUUAAUGACUUAGCUUUAUUGAGGUUUUUGGUUUUCCUUCCAGACCUGGAUAUCAAGUUAUGAACAGCAGUCUCACACCACAAUAGCAGUGCCCUUUCUUUUUGUACAUACUGAUUGGACCUUUCUUUACUGUUACGUGGACACUUUCUAUGUUAGUUUUGAUGCAUAAUUCUUUGAAUCCUUUUAUACAAACUAGAAUGUAUGUGUAAGAAUUUCUGUCCCUGCAAUGUAGUAACUAUAAACUUAUUUUUAAAUAAAUAGAAAACUUGUUUUUCUAA